UUUGACGUCAGUCGCUCGGCAGGAUUCUGAUUUCGAUUUUAGUCCCUGCCGCAUGUCUCAGCUCUUGAUUUCUCUGGCUUGGUAAUCUCGCUUCAUUUCAAUGAUGGCCGAAAGCAAGGCUGAAUCGAGUGUUGAUGAAGAGCAGAAAGAGACGUAUUUGUAUAGGGAGAAAAUAAAAUGUAGCCCCGAGGAAGAAGAGAGGCUCGAGAAGCUGCACUUCUGGAAAAUAAUCAACGUCUUUAGAUACUAUAGUGUUCAUGUUCAUGAGAGAGUAAAUCGUGCUGAGCGACAGUUUUUCGUCCUUCCCCUUCAACAUCAGAUGUUACUUACGGAUUUUAUUCCCAACCUCAACAGAAUUCGCAAGUGUAUUGAUCAUAAUCAGGAAGUCUUACAAGGUGUUGUGCAGAAUUGCAUUCAUAUGUUUGAAAAUAUGGAAUAUGGUGAAGAGGAUGAUAUAAGGAAAAUCCAGCCAGCUUCUACAUUUGACAUGGACAAGCUGAAAUCAACAAUUAAACAAUUCGUGAGAGACUGGAGUCAUAUGGGAAAAGCUGAAAGAGAUGCUUGUUAUCAGCCCAUUAUUGAUGAAAUUGUGGAAAUCUUUCCAAAGGACAUCUGUGAUCCAAGGCAAGUCCGUAUUCUUGUUCCUGGAGCUGGUCUUGGAAGGCUAGCUUGGGAGAUCGCCAAACUGGGAUAUGCAUGCCAAGGAAAUGAGUGGAGCUUUUUUAUGUUGUUCUCUUCUAAUUUUGUAUUAAACAGAUGCUCAGAAGUUAACUCUAGGACGUUAUAUCCUUGGAUUCAUCAGUUCAGCAACAACAAGCAGUCUGCUGACCAGACUCGGCCUGUUCAUUUUCCUGAUGUCAAUCCACAGUCUCUCCCACCCAAUUCUGAUUUCUCCAUGGUAGCAGGAGAUUUUCUGGAAGUUUAUACAGAACCUUGUACGUGGGACUGCAUUGCAACUUGCUUCUUUAUUGACACAGCACAUAAUGUCAUUGACUACAUUGACACUAUAUGGAAAAUUCUCAAACCAGGAGGAGUGUGGAUUAAUUUAGGACCUUUGCUGUAUCACUUUGAAAGCAUGGCAAAUGAACUGUCAGUAGAAUUAAGUUAUGAAGAUAUAAAGUCUGUAAUUUUAAAGUAUGGAUUCAAAAUAGAGAUUGAAAAGGAAUCGGUGCCAACGACAUACACAGAAAAUGACCGUUCUAUGUUAAAAUACCUCUAUGAUUGUGUGUUUUUUGUUGUGAGAAAACCUCUUGAUCAGUUCACUCCCAGUGGAUUGCCUACUACAAAUGGUGCAGUGAUUCAAGACUCUUUGAAAGGUCCAAUAUCUGAAAGAACAUGACAGGCUGUAACUGAAAACAGCAGCAGAGACAAAAUAAAGGCAUUGAGGGUAAAAUAUUUUUAAAGCUUCUGUUUUGUGAAAUUUUCAAAAUGAAUUUGUGAAUUCAAAGCAAAUCAUUAAUUUUUAUCUAGCAAAUUGCUCCAUAUUCACAGGUGAAUCAGCAUGAAUUGCUGAAACAGUAUUUUACUGAAAAUGUUUUUCUUUUGUUACCUUUUGGGUGAGAUACACAAAUGUGUGCCUUUUGUUAUCUGAGCAGCUUAACUAUACUGCACUAAGCCUAAGCUUUGAGUAGAAGUUGAAUGGAUUUAGAAGAGUCUACAUUUUUGAACUACUUCAAGAAUAAAAAAAUGAGUAACUACAUCAGUAUUUUAAAAAUAAGUACCUCAUUACUGGACUGUUACAGCCGUGUGUAUUUUGGGUUUUUUUCCUUCAAUCAUGAGAAAGGAGUGAUUUUUUUUUUUAGGUCUAGUCUGACAUGUGUCUGGUGUUAUUUAGCUUUUCUGAAGCAAAUACUUCUUAAAGUGGUCUUAAAAAUUCUUUUUUCUUUCAAUUAAAAUCUAUUUUAUUAAAAAUUACUGAUGACUGACUUUAUUCGCUAAAAUUAUAUUAUCCUGAAUAUUUUUGAAAAUCUAUUCACCCACCCACCUAUUUUCAUCCUACAUUAAUCCAGUCCAAGGUUGCUGGGUCAGAUCUGGCAGCUUUGGGUGUAAUGGGGUGCCAGGAUUUUUUGGAAAUUGAUUUUUUUUUUUCAUAAAAAAAAAAAUACAACCCUUAUGUAAGAAAUGUAAGAAGUAUAAAAUAGUGUAAUGCUGUUUCUUAUACCAAACUUUACAUUCUUGAAAGUGUUUUUCUUCUUCUAAUAAAGGAGAUUCAGGGCCUUGAUGUCCUGUGUGUGCAAA